AUGUAUACAACCGAACACAGACCUAUUUCUCGGGAAGUCCGAUUCGCCUCGAUAGUUGACGAUCGACCGAAGACUCCUACUCCAGGAGAUUACCUAAACUUUGAAGAAGAUGUGAAAUCGAGUACCGAAGUUGACCUGAGUAGCUUACUAUCUCAAGCUCAAAAAUAUAACGAUCAAGAGAAAUCAUCUCUAAACACGGACUCGGAUUCGGUAUAUAACGAAAAUCGAUAUAGGAAGAAAUGGGAGUUGGAUGUAGCUGUACCUGCUACUGCUUUCGGAGGUAUAAUCAGAUUUGACGAUGAUACAGUUGAUUAUAGAUCUACUAUAACCAAAAGAAGAUCGUCACCACUUAGUCUCGGUCUAGGGAUGGAUGGUGCCACCCAACCACCGAAGACCGCUCCAUUACCUCCUUCAAGGAAUACAUUGAAUUUUCAACCGUUUGACGAACCGCUCACACCCCAACAUGGUCAAACAUCCAUACUGCAACCUCCGCCUACUUCCACCAAUCAUGGAGCAGUUUACCUUCACCCUCCACCUACAGCAACAGCAGCUAAGAUAGACAAGCUGAGCUUGGAUCCAGUAGAUAACGUGCAAAAAGUCAAAAAUCACUUGGAAGGUUUGUCAAUCCAUUUAUCGGGAUUGUUCGAUCAGGUGAAUCAGAUUGAAGAGUUGAAAAAAGAAGUGAAGUAUUGGAAAGAUGUCUGUCUGGGCUUGGAAAUUGGUAAGAAAGAUCUGGAGGUUGUAUUGACUCAGACACAAAAUCAACAGGUCGAGUCGAAGUUCACAGCCGUGUUGAUUGAUGGAGAUAAUUAUAUUUUCCAAGAGAAAUACCUACAAGCAGGAUAUGAGGGAGGUCAAGAAGCGGCUCAAGUUCUGCUUAGGACUAUCAAGGAGAGGAAUUCAUCUGAGAAGGUGAUGGUGCAGGUAUUCUUGAAUAAAUCGACGCUGGGAGCAACCUUGAUCAAAAAUGGUAUUAUCCAGACUUGGGCAAAAUAUGAUCGAUUCUGGCAAGGAUUUUCAUCGAUAAGUGGGCUCAUCGCAGUGUGCGAUCUGGGUUCAGGUGGAGAGACCGCUCAAAACAAGAUUGACGAGUAUUCCAGAUUAUUCAUCGAUAGCCCACAAUGUGAUCAGAUAGUAGUAGGCACUUCGCCAAAGACAUGUCCAAGAUCGAGCAACACGUAUCAGGGCUAUGCCUCAGAGAAGGUUUCGGUAUCAUCGCUGGAUGCCCCAUUGCAUCCAAGUGAACAUCGAAUGAUCGACACACCGAGAUUAUUCCAGACUACCGAGCUAGUACCGCUGACAGCGAAGCCAGAUCACGCUCAUACCCAUCUCUUAGAACAUAUUGAGGAAUAUCACUGGUCGAGCUUCGACCCGAGCGAGAGUAGAUUUGGUAGACCUGGUAAAAUCCAUGUUCCACCUGUUCCGGCUUUAUCGAGCGACGAAUUCUCACCAAAGAGAAAGUUCAAGAAGACCAACAAGUACAAUAAGGCUGCUGCUGAGCAGGUCAGAAGGCUUGACCCUAGACCUUGUCAUACUCACUAUCUCAGCGAAUGGGGCUGUCGAGAUGUGGACGCAUGUUCCUAUGGUCAUGGCUAUCAUCUGUCGAAUGCGCAACUGAACGAAUUAGCUAGAAUGGCUAAAUCAGUCAUAUGCCCUUAUAUGAAAGAUGGACGAUGUCGAUAUGAUGACGAAGAUUGUGUUUAUGGACAUGUAUGUCCAAACGCUGGCAAAUGUCCAUUUGGCGAUUCGUGUCGGUUCCAUGCCAUUCCCCACGGACAUGGUGAACUGGACUGA